AUGGAAUUCCCAAUCAUCAGCAUCAAUCAUCUAGAGUCCGACUUCAACAGAAUUUCCAGCAAAAUAUUCAAAGCCAGUCAGGACUGGGGCUUCUUCAUCGUCACCGACCAUGGUAUCACUGGAGCCAGCAGGAUGUUUACCCUGUCGCGGGAGUUCUUCGACCUGCCAAUGGACGUGAAAUGCGAGAAACCCCUAAACGAACUCGGUGUCGGAUAUGACGGGCACAAAGCCACCACAUUCGCCGCAUCAGAAGGAAUGGCCUUCGGCCUCCCAGCCGGCCAACUAUCCCAAAGCCCUAACAUCCACAGCUGGUGGGACAGCGCAAAACUGCGCGAGAUCGAAUCGUUCAAAGCACAAUGCAACGAGCUAACACUACGAAUUCUCCCCUGUUUCGCCGCUCACAUGGGUCUUCCGGCCUCAUUCUUCGCCGCAUCCCAUAACCAGUCCCUCCCCGGCAACGCACUCAAAUUCAUGAAGUACCCGAAGAUGCCAGCGGAGCCGGGCCCUGGUGGGCUUGCUGCGAGGUUAGCGCCGCAUACGGAUUGGGGGACCCUCACGCUUCUGUUUACUAGGGCGCCUGGGUUGGAGGUGCGGGAUCCUGGGAAUAGCUGGCAUGAUGUCCCUGUUGUUCCCGGUGGGAUUGUGGUUAAUAUCGGGGACGCGUUGUCCUUUUGGACUGGGAGACAGCUGAAAUCGACUAUGCAUCGGAUUGCGUGGGAGAAGGUGCCGUUUGAUCAGGACCGUUAUAGUAUUCCGUACUUUGCGCAGCCGAGUUUUGAGACUGAUCUUCAACCACUCACGGGGAAAGCAGAGGCUGGCUGUAAGCCGUUUAAGUAUCAGGAGUACUACACUUCUCGUAUUAGCUUGACUUGGGGGAGUGUCCUUCGUGGCGAUGGGAAACAGCUUGAUGUGGACAACAGAUUGACGCAGUACCUGACAGAGUUGGACGCCAAUGAUGUUCCUACAGAGUAA